AUGACUUCCUUUAACUUACAAGAUCAAGUUUUUGAAAUAGUUGUCAACGUAUUUGAGAAGUCAUUCAUGCAGGAACGCGCUCUCCUUGAAUACCAUAAAAAAUGUCCACAGAUUAUCGGAAAUUUCUGCUUAUUACUUCAAAGGUUCGCAACACAGAGUUCUCUUGUCUUACAAUCGAAAAUCGAUAAAUACCGAAAAGUUUUUACACAAGCAAAAGCCUUAACCCCUGGUUUCCCAGGUCAACAAGUUUUGCAACUUGACCAAAUUAAUCACAUGAUCAACGAACAGUGUGGCCAAGCCAUUUUAUUAGCCGAGCACAUUCAAAACGAUUUUCUUCCUAAGUUUAAAUGUGCAAUCAUUACUUCAACCACAACCAUGAACAAAAUUUCUUAUACCAUAAAAGAAGCCGAGAACGCAUGGAGAGAUAUUAGAAGACAAAUGGAAUCAAAUGAUUCAACUAUUAAUAGCAUUUGCAAAGAAGUCAAGUCUCAUAAGAAAGAUAUUUUGAAAGUACACGGGCAAGUUGCAACUUAUAUGGCUACGGUUAAGUCUCAAAAAUACUUGGCCAAAAAGCUUAAUAUAGCUUACGCACGAUUUGUCAAAUUAUUUAAAGAAUCAAUACAAGAAAUGAGGCAAAUUAAUAUGGAAAGGUGCAAAGUUAUAUUAGAAUUUUCAACCAAACUUGCAAGGCUAUACGACGAAAUGUCAAUUGUCAUUGCAAAAGUCAAUGAAUCCAUUUUUAAGAGAAACUCGUUUGAUGAUAUCCCAAAGAUGCCUAUUUCUGACUUGAUUACAUUCAUUGUUUCACAUGAUAUCAGAAGAACUUCAAUCGGAAACGUUUCGUACGAACAAUACAAAUUUAAGCAACCUGAGAUCGAUCCGAUCAUAGGAAUCCCAUCAUAUCAAACAGGAAGCUUGUAUGAACCACCAAUUCUCAUUGCACAAGCUUUGAAUAAUUUUGUUGCAAGCGCUCCAAACGAAAUCUCAUGCUACAAGGGCCAAACAAUAUACCUUUAUGAGCCUCCAAUAGAAAACUGGGUUUUGGCCUCUUCAAAUAAGACAUUUCCAGAAGGUUAUGUUCCAAGAAAUAAUAUUAAGGUUCUGAACAAGAAGAUAGCUCUUUCUUUGAAGCAGCUCGCUUACGAAAAUGGAAAACUUGGAAUUUUCCCAGGUGAAUUUCUGAUUAUUGAAUACGAAGACGAAAAAGGAUACGCAUGCGAAAAUACUUCUGGAAGGUUCGGAUAUGUUGACAAAAAUGCGGUUAUUGUUGAAAAAUUAUAUUAA